AUGGUACAGCGUGAGGACUUACUUGCAAGCUUACGGCCUCUUGUGUGCUUCUGUCGUUGUACUCCGGCGUCGAUUGACUUUCCUGGGGUGUUGCUGUCCCAUCCGCGAUUUUCAGCCACUUCUCUCAUUGUACCAUCCGCAGCUGAAUUGGAGGCAAACAACGCUCGCUCGCGUGUAACUCCACAAAACCGGAGAUGGGAAGACCUUCGAGGCCUUCUACGAUGUUUUCCACAUGGAUCUCUCUACCAAUAUCGGUUCGAACAGAAGUCGGAACCAGACGGACAGAGUAUAAUGCCGGCCGCGAGCGGCGUGAAAGCGGUCAGCCGCGUGCAUUACCUCGAUGGACGCUUCCGGGCUUCGAGAACAUGGUUUUACGGCGUUGAUGACUGUGCCUCAUCCAAUCAGGAGAUGGGCGAAGAGAAUCAGAAUGUGUCGAAGACGACGGCGGGAGAAGAGCUGCGGGUUGUGGGGACAUGUCAUAGUGCAAGUGGCUGGCUCAUGGGUACGGCUGUUCGUCUGUUCGUCUUGUGUAAGGCUUCUCAUCAUCGACACGGCGGAUCUUUCCGAGCGAAUCAUAUUUCAGUCGCCACGCUUGCAAGCCGCACAUAUUGUGGGUCAUAUAUGUACUUUCGAGUCGUAAGAGGAGUUGGAGAUAGUAAAUAUAAUUUUCCAAGACAGCUCAUUGUCCCCCGAGGUCCCCGAGCUAGCGGCGGAUCUGUCCGAGCGAAUCAUAUUCCCGUCGCGUUGGCAACUGUGAAGCUCGCAAUGCUCUCGAGACGUCUAAAAUCACGAGAGAAAUCCUUAAUGCAGCUUGCACCAACACGACGUCCACGUUGCCUCACAUCAACACCCGAGUGUUGUCAUCUCACCAUUGAUGCUCUGCUUGUCGGCAACGAGAUCAGAAAGAUCACGGUCCAUCGAGCAGACGGCGGAACACUGCAAACUAUGGAGACUACUGCAGACGUGACACCCUGCAAUGGACGGCUUGCUAUCAUAAAUCAUAUGCUAUCUGUUUGCCCUUCCGCCUUCACUACGGAGAGCCAGCCACUACUGUCCGCACAUAAAACAUCGCCACGUCCAUUAGAAGAGAACAGCAGCAAUCAUGAAUACGAGUCCGCCGUGCAGCUGAAUAUACGCCAUAACGCUGCGACGAAGAGCGCUCCCUGGAAAACGAUCACAAUUGGAGAACUCGAUAACUUGAAGAGCACGAUCCAAGCUCAUCUGGACACGUGCUCAACUUCGCCUACACGAACAUUGCAGCUACAAGAUGAAAUUCUCGGGCCUGGGCCAGAGACCCUGGAAGGACUGGUCAGCAUUAUCGAGCAGAAAAGUGUGCUGGUUGGAGGACCGGUCAACUCACUUGACGUGAUUGUAUACGACCAUGACCCGAUGCCUGCACCGCUCCCAGAUCCCCAGGGCCGACGGAAAGAGAAGAAUUCCUGCGCAUUUGAGACACACACCGAGUUGUUGACAAUUUCUUCACGGCUCCAUCUGAUGCUCUUGGGUCGUUGA